AUGUCGCGCGCCCCCUCUUCGACGGCCAGCAGGCGGUCAAAGCCGCCACCGUACGAGCCCGUCCAGCUCAAGCAGCCGCCACGACCGCGCUGGUGGCAGCUCGACCGCGCAGAGCGCGACCUCGUCGCCCUGUCGUUCGCCGUCAAGCUCCUCCUCUUCCCGAGCUACCGAUCCACCGACUUUGAGGUGCACCGCAACUGGCUCGCAGUCGCGCAUUCGCUCCCCUUGACCAAGUGGUACUUUGAUACAACGAGCGAGUGGACCCUCGACUAUCCUCCCUUCUUUGCCUUCUUCGAGCGGGUCCUGUCUGCGUUCGCCUACGUCGUCGACCCCGAGAUCGUGCGGCUCGACAACCUCGGCUAUGCGGCAGGCGCCGCCGUCGCGUUUCAGCGUUCGACCGUCGUCCUGUCCGAGUUGGUCCUCGUCCUCGCCCUCUUCCGGUGGGCCCGCACGUCGCAGACGACCGACUACCCGACCGCCCGCAUCAUCGCCGCCUCGAUCCUGUUCCACCCGGGCCUGCUCAUCGUCGACCACGUUCACUUCCAGUACAACGGCUUCCUCCUCGGCAUCCUCCUCUGGAGCUUGAUCGCCGCUCGACAGGACAACUUGUACGCCUGCGCCGCUCUCUUUGCGACACUCCUCAACUUCAAGCACAUCUUCAUCUACCUCGCCUUGCCCUACUUUGUCUUCUUGCUUCGGCGACACUGCUACCCACCAGGCGGCAACUUCCAGAUCGACCGCGUCGUCGAGCUCGGCCUCAUCGUCGGCGGCAUCUGUGCCCUGUCGUUCGGCCCUUUCCUGCUCGCCGGUGGGCCGUCGCAGAUCCGCCAGAUCUUCUCGCGUCUCUUCCCCUUCCAGCGAGGGCUCAACCACGCCUACUGGGCCGGCAACGUGUGGGCCCUCGUCAGUGCUGUCGACAGGGUGCUCGUCAAGUACCUCGUUGCCCGAGGCUGGCCCGUCGCCCAAGAAGCGCUCACGUCGUCGUCUCGCGGCCUGAUCGGCGCCACGACCUUUGGCGUCCUGCCGAACGUCUCGCCCCGCCUCACGUUCGGCCUGACGCUCGCCCUCACGAGCGUCUUCCUCGUCAAGCUCUGGUUCGACCCCUCGUUCAAGCGGUUCCUCGACUCGGUCGUCCUCGCCGCCAUGACGAGCUUCCUGUUUGGCUGGCACGUCCACGAGAAGGCCGUCCUCCUGUUCUUGAUCCCGCUCAGCUUGACCGCGACCGACGACGACAACCACUUCCGGGCAUUCGUCGUCGCGACGACGGCGGGCGUCUUUGGCCUUUUCCCCCUCCUCAUCAAGCCCGCCGAGACGCCGGUCAAGGUCAUCUUUUCGCUCGUCUGGGCCGCUCUCGUCGUGCCACAGCUGCGCCGGGUCGUCUAUCGCCCGCUGCCGAGCCUGUGGACCAUGAUCGUCGACAAGGCCGAGGCGGCGUACCUCGUCGGCUUCGUCGGCUUGCAGAUCUAUACCUCCAUGCUCCACUCGAUCCUCUUCCCCUCGGCGCCCAUCGCCGCCGCCGUACCAGGCCUCAUCACCUGCUCUGCCUCGUCACUCGCCAACGGCACUUGCGUCGGCCCGGACGCAGCCGCACAAGUCGCCCAGGUCGCCGAGUCGAGCAUGGAGUUUCUGCCCCUCAUGGCGACGAGCGUGUACUGCGCCAUCGGGAUCGUGUGGAGCUGGAUGAGGUUGAGCUGGGGCUUCUUGACGAGCUAGAGGGCGACGUCGUCGAGUGCAAGGACCCGGUUGUGAGCUCGUG